ACCUUUUCCUUUUACCUCCAAAUUUUUCCCUCCAACCAAAGAGCUCCUCCUUCCCCCCAUAACAUUCGGCCGCCGCCCACCAGCUACAACCGCUGCCCACUAGCACCGCCACCACUCCCCACAGAACAUUAGGUAGAUCACUCUGUUUUUGUUUGCUGGGCAUUUGUCUUGGGUUGUUUUGCUUUGAGGAUUGUUAUCUAUUGCGCAAACAUCCAAACUCAAGGGAUUAGGCCUUGAGAGGUCAUUUCCAAUUGAAGUUCUUAUUUUGACAACCCACCCAACAGAUUUUUUAUGUCAACGGCUCUAUUUUUUUGGAAAACCUCUCACCUUCAUGCUUCGUGCUUCCUCUCAACGUUACGCAUCGAUCUCUUCAUGUUACCACAAGACCUCUCUCUCAUUUCCAUCAAAUCUCAGCCGUUCAAUCUCUAUAAACUCUCACUAUACCCAGAUUAAAUCACAAACCUUUAUCACCCAUGAUGAACUUCUUGAUUUCUUUGACCUUCUUCUUCCGCAAUGCACCUCAGUUCAACACUGCAAACAAGUUCACAACCAAAUUGUUGUUAGUGGCACACACCAGGCGGCGUUCUUGGCCGCCCGACUUGUGUCUGUCUAUGCACGUUUCGAGCUCGUUAUUGAUGCCCGGAGAGUGUUUGAUGCCAACCCAGUUGAGGGUCUUUCGAACUUGCUUUUGUGGAAUUCGAUUAUGAGGGCUUGUGUUUCAAAUGGAUGCUAUGAAGAAGCCUUUAAACUUUAUGAUAAAAUGCGAAAGCUUGGGGUUUGGGCUGAUGGGUUCACUUUGCCUUUGGUUAUAAGGGCAUGUAAAUUUAUGUGUAGUUUUAAUUUGUGCAAAAUUAUUCAUGGUCAUGUUUUACAAAUGGGUUUCCAAAAUCAUCUGCAUGCUGUGAAUGAAUUGAUUGGAAUGUACGGGAAGCUUGGGCGAAUGGAGGAUGCCCGACGGUUGUUUGACAGAAUGGGUGUUAGACGCUGUAUUUCGUGGAAUACGAUGAUUUCCGGUUAUGCCUUUAACUAUGACUGUAAGGGUGCAUAUGAGAUGUUUCGGCGGAUGGAGUUGGAAGGGUUGAAGCCGAACCCUGUGACAUGGACGUCAUUGCUGUCAAGUCAUGCUCGAUGUGGGCAGACUGAAGAAACCGUACAGUUGUUUCGUAUGAUGAGGAUGAGAGGAACUGGGGCUACUGCUGAAGCGGUUGCUGUUGUGUUAUCUGUAUGUGCUGAUUUGUUUGCGGUUGGCAGGGGUAAGGCCAUUCAUGGAUAUGUUAUAAAGGAUGGGUUUGAAGAGUACUUGUUUGUGAAGAAUGCACUGAUAUGUAUGUAUGGAAAAUGCGGAGAUGUUAAAGAUGCACAUAAUUUGUUCUUGAAGAUGGAAACAAAGAAUCUAGUGAGUUGGAAUGCUUUGAUAACAUCAUAUGCUGAAUCUGGAUUUUGCGAUGAGGCUUUUGCAAUAUUUUCACAGCUGGAUACUUCAGAUGAUUAUCCUAUGGUCAGACCUAAUGUCAUAAGUUGGAGUGCCAUUAUUGGCGGAUUUGCUUCCAAGGGCCGAGAGAAGGAAUCCUUGGAACUCUUUCGGAAAAUGCAGCUUGCCCAAGUCAUGGCUAAUUGUGUGACAAUUUCUAGUGUUUUAUCAGUUUGUGCAGAGUUAGUGGCAUUGAAUCUUGGUAGGGAAAUACACAGUCAUGUAGUUAGGGCUUUGAUGGACAGUAAUAUUUUGGUAGGAAACGGCUUGAUUAAUAUGUACACAAAGUGUGGAAGUUUCAAAGAAGCGCAGUUGGUAUUUGAAAAAAUUGAUGGUAGGGAUUUAAUCUCGUGGAACUCAAUGAUUUCAGGGUAUGGGAUGCAUGGGCUUGGUGAAAAUGCUGUGAAAACUUUUGAUGAGAUGAUUAAAUCUGAAUUGAAGCCAGAUAGUGUCACCUUUGUUUCUGUUCUUUCUGCUUGUAGUCAUGCUGGGCUUGUUGCUGAGGGUCGUAGGCUGUUUAGUCAAAUGAUUAACAAGUUUAGGGUCGAACCACAGAUGGAGCACUAUGCUUGCAUGGUUGAUCUCCUUGGGCGUGCUGGGUUUUUAAAAGAAGCAAGUGACAUUGUCAAAAGCAUGCCAAUGGAACCCAAUGAAUGUGUUUGGGGUUCCCUUCUACACUCUUGUGUAAUGUACAAGAAUCCAGAUGCUGCUGAAGAGACUGCCUCCCAUAUUUUGAAUUUGAACUCAGCAACAACUGGGUGCUACAUGCUGCUCUCAAAUGUUUAUGCUGGAAGUGGGAGAUGGGAGGAUUCUGCACGAGUGAGGAUCUCAGCAAAGACAAAGGGUUUAAAGAAAAUCCCUGGCCAUAGUUGGAUUGAGGUGAAGAAAAAGCUCUAUGUGUUCUCAGCAGGGAACACUGUGCAACAGGGGUUAGAGGAAGUUUAUGAGAUCCUUGAGGAAUUGGUACUUCAAAUGGAAAGUGAAUGCAACACACCUGAUAACUGCAUCUUUGGACAAAAUAUUGAUGAAUAAAAAAAACGAAGGCUGCCUUUUGCUUUAAGUGAUGUUCCUCCCACCAGGUUAUCAGUCACAAACAGACCCAAGUUUGCUUGGAUUGCCAUAAAACGUACCCAUAGGAUGUGCGGCUCAAGGCAAGUGCUUCUAUUUUGCCUCAAGGAGUCAAGGUGCAAAAAGUAAAGAAGUUGUCCUAAGAAAACUGGUGGGGACCCCCAAGUCACAAAGGAUAAUGUCACUGUUGCCAAAAGUAUCAGCUUCAAAGAAAAGGCCAAACAUGUGGUGCAGAUCUUGUAAAGCAAGUUGCAAGCUAAUAAUACUGCUUCUGGAGAUGGUACUACUUGUUCUACUGCCCUAACUCAGGCAAUACUCACGGAAGGUUGCAAGUCGAUAGCUGCCGGUGUGAAUGUGAUGGAUUUGCGGCGUGGUAUCAAUAUGGCGGUUGAUGCUGUUAUAUCUGAUCUGAAAAGCAAAGCAUCCAUGUUAAGCACACCAGAAAAAAAAUAAACAGGUUGCAACUAUUUUUCUGCAAAUGUUGAACGUGACAUUGGAGAUUUGAUAGCAAGAGCAAUGGAGAAAGUAGGCACUCUUUCGGAAAACGCAGUUUGCCCAAGUCAUGGCUAAUUGCGAGACAAUUUCCAGUGUUUUAUCAGUUUGUGGAGAGUUAGCGGCACCGAAUCUUGAUAGGGAAAUACAGAGUCAUGUAGUUAGGGCUUUGAUGGAUAGUAAUAUUUUUGUAGGAAACGGCUUGAUUAAUAUGUACACAAAGUGUGGAGGUUUCAAAGGCGCAGUUGGUAUUUGAGAAAAUUGAUGGUAGGGAUUUAAUCUCGUGGAACUUAAUGAUUUCAGGGUAUGUUGGUGAAAAUGCUUUGAAAACUUUUGAUGAGAUGAUUAAAUCUGAAUUGAAGCCAGAUAGUGUCACCUUUGUUUCUGUUCUUUCUGCUUGUAGUCAUGCUGGGCUUGUUUCUGAGGGUCGUAGGUUGUUUAGUCAAAUGAUUAACAAAUUUAGGAUUGAACCACACAUGGAGAACUAUGAUUGCAUGGUUCUUAAAAGAAGCAAGUGACAUUGUCAAAAGCAUGCUAAUGGAACCCAAUGAUUGUGUUUGGUGUUCCCUUCUACACU